GUUUCUACGCCUUGAACCAUGAGGUUUUUGAUACCCAUAAUCUUUACAACAUUACCAUUAUGUUUACAAGCACAAGAAGAUCCAUGUGCAAGUGCUCCAUCAGAAGCAGCAAAAAUUAUGUGCAAGCAGAUUCACAGAUGGGAUGAUGGAGCAAGGGCGGCAUCAAAGAAAAAGAAAAUUGCAUUACCACCAGGAAUGGCAAAGGGAAUGGCAGCUGAGUUUGCUCCAAUUGCUUCAAAUAUCUACCAGUGCAUGGAUUUACCCUGCUUGUGUUCUUAUUUGAGAGGAACUGCGUCUGGAAACGGUUGUACUCUUCCAAAUGGAAGGCCACUUCAAAAAUCAGUGAGAAAAGAGUACCGUACUCUCACAGAUGAUGAACGAAAUAGACUUCACGCAGCAUUCCGUGCUCUCAAAAAUAAUGGUGAAUACGAAAGAAUUGGAAGAAUUCACUCACAAAUGUCUGCUGCCGGAGGAGCUCAUUCUGGACCAGCAUUCCUUCCGUGGCAUCGUGAAUUUGUGAAACGUGUCGAGUUUGCUCUACGCCAAGUUGAUCCAACGGUUAAUCUUCCAUAUUGGGAUUCUACGUUGGAUAGUAGACUGCCACGUCCUGCAGAUACUAUUAUGUUCAGUGACUAUCUUAUGGGAAGUACCGGACUUGUUAAUGAUGGACCCUUCACAAAUUGGCGAACUUUGGCUGGAAGAGCCCAAAUACUGAGAGCCGUCGGAGCACAAGGAGCUCCACUUUCACAAAAUGAUAUUGAUUUUGUAAUGAGACAGACACAAAUUGAUCAAGUAUUAUCGUUUACUGCACCACAACAAGGAUGCCCAUAUAGAACUGAUUUCAAUUGUCUUGAAUAUACUCAUGGAAAUGUUCACAUUUUUGUUGGAGGAGAUAUGUUCGACACUGCAACUUCUUCAAAUGAUCCUUCAUUUUUCCUUCAUCAUGCAUUUAUUGAUUUUGUAUGGGAAGAAUGGAGAUUGGCAAGACAAUCAAGAGCUGAUCGGGAAAUUGCAUUCCCUCCUGAUAAUCAAUUAUGUGCUUCUGCACAACAUUUUGGAGCAUCUCCAAUGCAGCCGUUCAGUCCAAUGAGAAAUAUCGAUGGUUUAUCCAAUAAAUAUACAGAUAACUUGUAUAGUUAUGCACCACGGCCAACAUGUCAAGCUGGAGGCGAUUGCGGUUCUAAAUUCCUUUUCUGUGACACUUCCACCGGGGCCGCCCGUUGUGUAUCUCGUAUUCGUCCAGGAUCUCAAUGUGGUCAAUUCCGUGUGAAUCCAUGUUUCUCAGGAAUCUGCCAAAACGGUGUAUGUGUUCUCUCAUCAACAGCUCCACGUCCAACACCUGCUCCAACAACUCCAACACCUCAAAAUCCAGUACAAUCUCAAGAAUCAUGUUUCAAUGAGAAUCAGUGUUGUGCAUCAUGGGCAGCAUCUGGGGAAUGUUCGAGGAAUACGGCUUAUAUGAAUGAAUGGUGUAAGGCCAGUUGUGGUGUUUGUAAACCCAAAUAUCGACUGGCUGAUGAUUGCACUGAUCGUCAUACCCAAUGCAGUAGCUGGUCCCGCUCCGGUGAAUGCACCAAAAAUCAACUCUGGAUGACUGAAAAUUGCCGUAAAAGUUGUAAUAAAUGUGGUAGAUCACGUGCUCAAGAGUGUGGAGGAGGUGGUACUACAGUAACCACGACGACACCUGCUCCAGCUCAACAGUGUGAUAAUUCUGAUGGUUGUUUCAAUGAGAAUGUUUGCUGUGCUGUAUGGGGAUUAAUGGGAGAAUGCCGAAAAAAUACAAGAUAUAUGGCAUGUAAUUGUCGAGUUUCAUGUGGACAUUGCUAUCCUGAAGAUUACAAUUAUGGAUCAUGCGUCGACUACCAUAGAUCAUGUGCCGGAUGGGCUCGUGUCGGUGAAUGUCAGAAAAAUCCAUGGAUGGCUGAGAAUUGUAGAUCAAGCUGUAACAGUUGCUAUACUCAAUCAGAGCUUCGUAGAAUGUGUGGAACUACAGCUGGAUCAGUUGCUCCAGUUGCACAAGUUCGUCAGACUAAUCCAUCUCGUCAACCACCACGUGGAGGUUGGGGACGUGACGAUUUCGGAGAUAAUGGAGGAUGGGGUGGAAAUGGAGGUGGUGGAUGGGGAAACAAUGAUCCAUGGGGAGGAUCAAGAUGGGGUGGUGGAAGAGGUGGAUGGGGUGGAGGUGGAUGGGGAGGCGGUGGAUGGGGUAAACGAUCCAUUCGAGCAGCCAAUGCAUCAAUUUCAAUGCCAUCUUUUGAUCCGGACCUCUUGUAAUUUUUGUUACCUUUUCUCAAUUUAUCCGAUUAUUUUCGUGUAUAAUAAAUAUUUGCCUCAAACUCAAUAAAGAAUUCAUUU